AUGCCAAUCGAUCACUACCUUAUUCCUGACUAUAGCCAUCUAUAUAAACACGAUGAACAUUCUGACAUUCAUAUACACGUUGGUAAAGGAAGCGACUUGACAGUCUUUCGGGUACAUUUGCAAGUACUAUGCAAACGUUCUUCAUACUUCAACCAGUCAUUUUCCGAUGACGUUAAAAAUUCAAAAACGCAAGCGCAAGGAGAAGCUCUCACCAGCAUUGAAGCCUUCAACAUAUAUUACCGAGACUUGUCCCCAAUUGCGUUUGGAAGCAUUCUCAGGUAUAUGUACAUGGGAAAACUAUCACCGUCUAAACACCAAUAUCUUGAACUACUGGAAGUUGUAAAGAUAGCAAAUAAAUUUGCAUUAAAGAAGCUUGUCGAAGCAUUGCUAAGAACGAUUUCUGAAGAGUUGGUUUGCCUACUCGAAAAGAACCUCAUAUCAACUAUGAUCACAGCCGAAGAUGAAAGAUUCGAUGCAUUAGAGAGACGUUGCCUAGCAAUAAUCGAAGAAAGUCCGGAGGCUGUGCUUCUGUCAAACGAUUUUCUCAAGUGCAACAAGAAUCUUUUAAUUGCGCAAUUGAAAAAAGAUAGGCUUGACAUGGGCGAAGCAGAAAUAUGGGACUGUAUUCUUAAUUGGUCGAUAGCCCAAGCAAAUGUCUCCUCGGACUCGAAUAAUUGGAGCGCAGAUGAUAUUGCAACACUAAAAAUGAUAAUAGCAGAAGUAGCUCCUCAUCUGAGAUUGUUCUACAUGAAACAACCCGAUUUCUUGGAAAGAGAACCGAUUAUGGAGAAACUUCUCCCAGAGGCACUGCACAAAGUGUUGAAGCAAUUUUACUUGGCUAAUGGGAAUAAUCAAAACAUCACGCUACCAAAGCCAAGGGUUCGCUUCCCUAUUAUUAAUUCGAUAUUAAUAAACAAAGAGCAGGCGCGUUGGAUUGCGCAACACAUUCGACGGCAAACACCAUCUAGUUCACGCAAUUCAUUCGAUAUGGAUCCAUUUUGUGAUUUCGAGUUGCUGUUGUCUGGAAGCUUGGACGGAUUUACACCAACGAUUUUUCAUCGUACCUGUGACAACAAGGGACCCACUAUUGUGGUAGCAAAGAUAAAAAAUAGUAAUGAGAUAGUCGGUGGAUAUUGUCCAUUAGAUUGGAAAUCGCCUCGUAAAGAGUACUAUGGAAAUUGCUCAGAUAGUUUUAUAUUUGCGUUUCAUGGGAACGGAUUACAUAAUGCUAAAUAUAGUCACGUACAAGAAGCGAAUCAUGCUAUAUUCUUUACAGCCGAUUCUGGUCCAUGUUUCGGUUAUAAUGGGGCGGAUUUGUAUUUUGGUGGUAAAAAGCCUGCUUGUUCGACGCAAAGAGAAUCUUAUUCUAUACCAAUCAGAAAUAGUAACAAUUGGUUUGCAAUAAUGGAUUAUGAAGUAUUUCAAGUCGUAAAGAGAGAUUGA